AUGAAACAAGCUUCGUUGUGUCAGUACCUACCUGUGUUUUCCUCGACGACAGAGGGCAUAGAGACAACUGCAAAGCUUGAGCAGAUAACGUGUUGUUGCUUCAUUUUUGAACCGACCCAAAAGGAUUUUGCAGCUUCAUCUUCCUGUGAUACAGAUGCAUUCACGUCUUGGGGACGAACUUUAAGGAUUCGGUCGGCCCAGACAAGUGUAGGUGUAUCAACGUUGGUGGUCACCGGUACUACCAGCAAUACGAUAUAUGUCCAUGCAAACGAAAUUCUGCUCGUGUCCUACGUGCUGUCAGCUCAACCAGCAGAAAUACGGUCCUUAUGUGAAGACAACUCGGACCAUCGCCACGUGCUCUUUGUGCGAUGCGAGGAUGAAAACCGUUCUUUUUUCAUACUAAAAUUUUCCAGUCAAGGGGAACACUUGUCCAUGGAACUGCUUUUAUCGUUUGAGCAUGUAGGCUACGCGCAAAUCGGAUAUUUCUCUGGCACACACGUGUCUGAUAGAUCGAACCAGAUCCUACUUCUGAAUGAUGUUCGAGGAAUGUUUGAUAUCGGUGAUACCAUGGACAUCAUUGGGAAUGAAGGGGGCAUGCAUAAGUUCCUGGAUCACAAACAGCUCGUAAAACGCAGUGUUCUUGUCGUGCAGAAGACAUUAUUGCCUGUGAUCAAGCUAUCGUGUCAUCGACUUCGACUACACGAAGUAAAGAAAACGAAGCACGGCUCACGUUUGUGCAAAAGAACUCGCAAUAACGACAGCGUCAGUCUCGACGACACUAAGGCAGGAACAUUCUGCUACAUCGAACGCAUUCAAAAGGCUUCGUCUCGUGACAUAAUUGCAAACCACAUUGAACCAGUUCAAGAUGACGCGGGUGGUAACGGAGCUGCUUCUCGCGCGCAGCUUGAAAAGCUUGCAAAUUCUUUCUCUGCACGUCUCAGCAAUGGGUUGCAGGGACUUGAACGUCUGCAGAUAAUUGUGAGGGAUAAGGUCUCUUUAGUCUACCAGCUCAACCAGCAUAUCGCACGACUGUGGCAAAAAAUACAAGCUAGUGCAAGCUAUCCCAACGAGCAUUUGGUUUUGUUACCUUUUUCAGCUCAAGAGGUAGACAACCGUGGUAUGGAUUUCCAGGUGCACGUGGAUAUGGAAACGAUUGUCUGCUCAACUACUGAUUUCCGAAAUGAUGCAGAAGAUGAAACAAUGAUGCCAGCUCGAACGUCUUUCUCAGAUGACCUCAAGCUGAAAAAACAAGUUUUGUUGGAGCAGCUUACUCUGCUUGAGUAUGUGCCGUCAUCGUCACAUGUUCAUGCUGAAGUUGUGCUAAGGAACUUAUCGGACUUUGUCUUCUACGACUGUUAUGUUUUUCUGACAGCACGUAACGGGAGGCAAACACCUGCACAAGGCUGGAGGUGCUUGAGCUCAGUAGUUCCUGAGUUUUGUCCUGCGCGGGACAUGAUCAAACACACGAUCAGGCAACAAAAAGAAUCACGAUUUCAGCUGAGUUUUCACUUUGCUACAAGUGAUCCAUUUCUUCGUGAGCGAAGGCCGUUAGAGGUAAUGUUAUGGCUGCAUUUAAGACCAUCUGAGGACGAUAGUGUCUUCAAGACCACUCUGGCCUGUAACCCAAGUGAGUUGGCUCUUGCUAUUGCAUCCGUCAACAUUUAUCUUUACGACCUGAUUGGGAUUAGUAGAGGAUUGAGGACACCAUUCAGAAGCAAUGAAAGCGGUGAUUUAAGCACUUUACAAGAGCAAACGCAAUUGCUAUUCAUCUCAUCCGGUUCAAAUCUGGUAUCGUGGUUACGAAAAAUAAUUUCUGAAUUACCCACAUGUACUGAUUUCAUUAUUGGACGAACGCUUGCGCUUAUAAGCAUUAGCGUGAAAUCCCGAGUAGGAGUGCUAUACGAUAUAAACAGGAUCGUUGCAAGCCUUCCACCAGACGUUCAUGUGAUGCAUAACCCAUUCCAACAUGCCUAUUUGCGAGCUCUACAGCGUGUGUUGUGCUCUAUGCGACAGGAAAUUCUUACCAUCCGACAUCAAGGUGUACACGAUACGGAGAAAAUGGAUGAGAUGUAUGGAGCAGGGAAAAACUAUAAGGACCGAACACAAAAUGCAGAGGAUUGCGAUCCAGCGUCAUUUUACCGCAUGGUGCAAUGCAAUACCGACUUAUACGCUAACCGCUGGCUACAAAAACUGCAAAAGCGUGUCGACUUCCAGUUGAUUUGGAUUGAUGCUGGAACAAACGAUUUAUAG